AUGCAAUACUCGGUAUUCCAGGAUGACGAGCCCUUGCUAGAACUCCCCAACGAGGAUGCUGUCUGGGUGACCGUAAUGCUUCACGAGGAGAUGGAGGACUCUCACACUGACGAGGAAAUCUUCAAGCAUGUGCAUCACCAGAUUAAAAUUAGAAGGGCUGGUGUCGGCCGACAGGCUCUGCAUAACCUGGGGAAAGUGUGUAUCUCGAUCCCGAUCCAGACUGGCAGCACUGAUACGAGAGCCAUCCUAGCCCUUGCCGAGGCCGAUGCUUAUAAGUGGAUUGGUAUACUCUACGAUGGAGUUGUUACCCUGAACCGUACGAUUAUUUUUUCUACAAUCCCAUCACCUGCCCCGGAGGAACUGGAGGAUUAUGAUGAGACUGAGGAAUAUGCUAAAGCGCAGGAGCUGUGGACUAAGUAG